UCGCGACGUCGGUGCCGGGACAUGGCCGCCGCCGGUGCAGAGUCUGUGAGCUGAGCUCCUGCUGCCAGGAACUCAACGCCGCGGUCAUCGUCCGCCGGCCGGGCCCAGGCGCUGCCGGGACGGCGAGGAGCUGCAGAGCGGGACGAGGAGGAGGCCGCAGCCGGAGGCCGCCGCGGCCGGCGCAUGGCGUCCAUCUUGCUGAGGAGCUGCCGCGCAGCCUGGGGCAUGGAGCGUGUCUCGGUUGUGCCAGCACCAUGGGGUUGAUAAGCCGAGUGACUGUCCCCUCUGGCUGCUGUACCCCGGCCCACCCCUUGUACCUGUGCGUCAGAGCCAAGCCCUGUGGCCGCUGGACGCCAAGACCUGAGCACCUGUGUGUGGUGGCAGGAGCACCAUGGACUCCCGCUGCAGCGGGUGUGGUUGUCGGGGGCCCCCAGUAUCUCCCUAUGCGUGGCUGGCAUUCAUCGCCCCCUCUUCGCGAUGACUCUGUGGUAGAGAAGUCCCUCAAGUCCCUAAAGGACAAGAACAAAAAGCUGGAGGAGGGGGGCCCUGUGUAUAGCCCAGCGAGCCCAGUGGUGGUGAAGAAGUCCCUGGGGCAGAGGGUGCUGGACGAGCUCAAGCACUACUACCAUGGCUUCCGCCUGCUGUGGAUCGACACCAAGAUUGCGGCGCGCAUGCUCUGGCGCAUCCUGCACGGCCACACGCUGACCCGCCGGGAGCGUAGGCAGUUCCUCCGCAUCUGUGCCGAUCUCUUCCGCCUGGUGCCCUUCCUGGUCUUCGUGGUGGUGCCCUUCAUGGAGUUCCUGCUGCCCGUGGCAGUGAAGCUCUUCCCCAACAUGCUACCGUCCACGUUUGAGACACAGUCCAUCAAGGAAGAAAGGCUGAAGAAGGAGCUUCGGGUCAAGCUGGAGCUGGCCAAGUUUCUCCAGGACACCAUCGAGGAGAUGGCCCUGAAGAACAAGGCGGCCAAGGGCAGCGCCACCCAGGACUUCUCAGCGUUCUUCCAGAAGAUCCGCGAGACAGGGGAAAGGCCCAGCAACGAGGAAAUCAUGCGCUUCUCCAAGCUAUUCGAGGAUGAGCUGACCCUGGACAACCUCACGCGACCGCAGCUGGUGGCACUGUGCAAGCUGCUGGAGCUGCAGUCCAUUGGCACCAACAACUUCCUGCGCUUCCAACUCACCAUGCGGCUGCGGUCCAUAAAGGCUGAUGACAAGUUGAUUGCUGAGGAAGGGGUGGACAGCCUGAAUGUCAAGGAGCUGCAGGCCGCAUGCCGGGCGCGGGGCAUGCGGGCCCUUGGCGUCACCGAGGACCGGCUGCGGAGCCAGCUGAGGCAGUGGUUGGACCUGCACCUGCAUCAGGAGGUGCCCACAUCGCUGCUUGUGCUGUCUCGGGCCAUGUACCUCCCUGACACGCUCUCACCCGCUGACCAGCUCAAGUCCACACUGCAGACCCUCCCAGAGAUUGUGGCCAAGGAGGCCCAGGUGAAAGUGGCUGAGGUGGAAGGCGAGCAGGUGGACAACAAGGCGAAGCUGGAGGCCACGCUGCAGGAGGAGGCCGCCAUCCGGCAGGAGCACCGCGAGAAGGAGCUGCAGCGGGCCGCAGAGGCAGCGAAGGUCACUGAGCCAGAAGGUGUGGGUGCCACCACCCCUGGAAAGCCCAUGGCUGAGCUGCAGCCAGAGGGGCCUGACGUGAUCCUACCCUCUGAAGUCCUUAAGGACACUGCCCCUGUGCUGGAGGGCUUGAAGGAGGAAGAAAUAACUAAGGAAGAAAUCGACGUCCUGAGCGAUGCCUGUUCCAAGCUGAAGGAGCAGAAGAAGUCGCUGACCAAGGAGAAGGAAGAGCUUGAGCUGCUGAAGGAGGACGUCCAGGACUACAGCGAGGACUUGCAGGAGAUCAAGAAGGAGCUUUCCAAGACUGGUGAGGAGAAGCUUGUAGAGGAGUCGAAAGCCAGCAAGCGGCUGACGAAGCGGGUGCAGCAGAUGAUCGGCCAGAUCGAUGGGCUGAUCGCGCAGCUUGAGGCAGGCCAGCAGGCUGGCAGGCUGGGCCCAGCCGAGGGCUCGCCUGCAGGGGAGAACGUCGUCAGUGUCGCGGAGCUCAUUAGUGCCAUGAAACAAGUCAAGCACAUUCCUGAAAACAAGCUGGUCAGCUUGGCCUCUGCACUGGAUGAAAAUAAGGAUGGCAAGAUCAAUAUCGACGACCUUGUCAAGGUGAUCGAGCUGGUAGACAAAGAAGACGUGCACCUCUCCACCAGCCAGGUGGCCGAAAUCGUGGCCACGCUGGAGAAGGAGGAGAAGGUGGGGGAGAAGGAGAAGGCCAAGGAGAAGGCUGAGAAGGAGGUAGUGGAGGUGAAGAACUAGGGCCUUCACGCGGUCCCACCACACCAUCACGGUGGGAAUGGUGAAGAGUGAUUGCUUUGAGGUGAUUCUUGUGGCAGUUCUAAUAUUUGGUCUGGAAUAAAUCACAAACUUCCAUAAUCAAGUAAUUUUAAUUUUCAUCAUUCCACAAAGACUGGGUUGGAUUCCUAAGAGCCUCCAGGGAAGUGUGACUGGACUCACGCUGUGGUGUGGUGCUGAGUGGCCUGGAGGGAGCUCGCUCGGCUCGGCCAGGCAGGAAGGCCCCUCCCUGCGCACCCGAGUCCCGGGAGGAAGGCAUGGUGUGUGGAGCCCAGCACCCGGCAGAGAUGGCCAGAGGCGCUGCACCGGGAGGCAGCACAGGCCCCUGGACUCUGAAGAUCGCUGCUCCAGUUGGUCUCGGACUCUGCUUCCCACACGUCGAGGGCAGUGUCUGCCUGCACACGUUCCCCAAGUUGUGUCCGUGUACUGUCGAGGCCGACAUGUCUGUGGCCUCUCUGUGCCUCUCCCUGACCAUCUGACCACGUGCGGUGUCUCCUGUGGAUCCUGUCGUUUACUGGAACUCUCGAUUCACUUUUGAUCUGCGCCUAAUUCAUUAACUCGUUUUCAGAAUGACAGUCUGCCCAGCUCGUGAGCAGUAGCAUCUGACACAAUCAGGGUUGAGGCGCGUGAGUCUGGCUGUGCGGUGCUCCAUGCUGGGUGAGGUCCAGUCGCGCCCCGGGCCCUCGACCCCUUCCAGUGCCACAGGGCCCUGUGUGGCUUCUCCGUCUGGAAUCCACCCGGCUGUGAGGACAAGCGGGCACGACGGGGCCACCCCGUGCGGUGCCCCAAUCCUUGAGACAGCUGGUUCUCCCCGUGUGCCGCCGGCUGCCAGUCUCCCCACAGGCUCUCAGGCUACCAGCCCCCAACUGGCCUAGGACCUCUGGGUCCACAGCUCCCUGGACAGUAGUCAGGGCAUUUCGCGUGGUGGCAGGCACAUGGCCCAUGGGGCCUCACAGGACUGUGGAAGACAUAGGAAUGGGGCCAGGCAUGGCCACGCACGCAGGAAGAAUCUUCUGACUUACUUGAAGCUUGAAGCUGACCAAGUAGGAAUGAGGGCUGCUCGAGGCCGAGUCACAUUUCUGCUCUCUGGGGAGGGCAUCUGGUGGGCCGCGCCGAGUCCCGCCCUUCCUUAGCAGCCUAGCCCGUGCCGUGCAAGCGCGCUUGCUGCUGAGAACGGGCCUGUGAGUGCCCAGUGUGUCCCACACAGUGCCCAUCACUGUGUCCUGCUCUUGUCCUCAUCCUUGGUGGCUUCAUGGGCACACUGGUGACCCUGCCGGCCCACAGCACUGCCUGGACAGGCUGCCCUCCAGGUGUCAUGGGCUCGAUGGCACAUGGUAGGAAGUUACGAGUUUUCCCCACAUUUUCCUAUACUGACCCUAAUUUAUUGCCGUUGCUCUGCCUUGGUGUGGUGUACGGGACCUGGGCCUGCCAGAGGAAGCGAGGCUGUGCGGGCCUCUGUUCCAGAGGUGGCGGCUCGGCUGCCUGUUUCACGUCCGCCCUCUGCCUGCACCCUUGGCCUGCUCAGGCGUCUUUAGGAGCUGGGGUCUCCUGGUGCCACAGCCAUGUUCCCUUGUUACACACCCCACCCAUGCACGCCCCUCUCACUCAGGGAUUUGGGACAUCCUUGUGGAAUAUCAGUCGAGACUUCUGAACGUGAAGGCCACUGCAUAUUUCUAAAAGUGGCCUCUUGUAAUCCCAGCACUCGGGAGGCUGAGGCAGGAAGAUCACUGGGCUACAUAGUGAGCUCAAGGCUAGUCUGAACUACACAGUGAGACCCUGUCUCAAAAGGCCUCCUGGGGCUGGCUGUCACCAGGGUCCUGGGGACCGGCAAGGGAGCAGUUUUCCAUCUCCUGGCCUGGCUGUGUGUAACACCCUAUGUAAAAAGUUUUUAAGAGAAUAUCAAGUCUGUGUUCCUGCAGCAUCUCAAGAUAGUAUUUCUAUGCCAUCUGAUUUGGAGAUUACUCAGCAUUAUCGAAGUCCCUGCUCUUGUGACAGUACUGUGGGCUGCAGGAUGGGCCCUGCCUCUCCCAGGGCUCCGGCCUUGGCUCCAGCCUCCUGCCCUGUCCUUUGACACCAGGUUGGCCUGAGCCCUGCACUGACAGGCCGAGUGCGUGCUAGACAGCUGAUGUAAAGAGGCAGUGUAAUAAAGUGCCACUUGAUGACUUGUC